AUGGCCCGAACAAAACAAACUGCCCGCAAGUCAACAAGUGGCCCUGCCCCCCGGGUGCAGCUCAGUGGCAGUUUCCGGCCAGGGGGUUAUCGCUUUAAUUACGGAAACCUUCCAUUACAACAACAUGUUGUCUCGAAAGAACCUAUAAUUCCUGAUACAGCAAUGGCUUCAAAUGCAGCAAUGACUUCCGAUGCUCAAAUGAAGGUGUUUUCCACUCCGGAAAUUCUUGUUAUCAUUCUGUCUCAGCUUCCUCACACCUCCUUGCUCAAGGCCAAACUGGUUAAUAAAACAUGGGCAAGCCUUUCCGAAAACGUGGAAAUCCAAGCUUCUUUAUUCGAGCGUCCUAGGCCUAAAGAAUCGGCUCUGUAUGCCGAAACAUAUUCAGAUCUAUUGAUGAAUAAGUUCUUAACUCCGUGGCCAACCAACGAAGAAGAAUAUGCAAACAAGUACCCCAGUUGGCAAUGGCGACAACUUCUUAUUUGCCAACCACCGGUCGAAGUUCUAGAGGUUGUUCAACAGAUCAGCCAACGUGUAGGCGGUACUUUAGAAUUUCGAACUAUUAUUCCUCGUCCUAACGGUUUGCGGAUGGGGUUUCUUUAUGAUGCCAUUAGACAUUGGCAUCAAGUGGAAAAAAGCCCUGUUGAGCUACUGUGGAAUAGGAAAACCGGGGACCUUACCGAUAGGAAGCAUAUUUAUCCAGAUGGUCCUAGUUACAAGGCGUUUGAUGACAAGCCUUGCGUAACUAUCUGGGGAAAGAAGAGUGUAGGAUGUGGACAAUCUGGCGGGCUUACGUACGAGCUCUACCGAUCUACGCGUAAUAGUACGCAAACACAAAAGCCAAGAGUCCGGGUUAUAAAAAGCGAUGAUGAGAAGGUGAAGUUUUCUAUGUCGGAACCUAAACUCGUAAGCAUUGAUUUGGGGUUACUCCGUUGCUUUAUGGAAAAAGAUGAAGAGGAUGAAGAAGAAGAUGAAGACAGUUAG